ACCAAAUUUAAAACAUAAAAACAAACAAUCUCCUUGAAACUUCUAGGGUUUCAUUCAUUAUCCUUCCAUCAUCUAAUCUUUCACACUCUCUCUCCUUCUCGACUCACUCACUUCGCUCUUCCACAUCUCUGUUCACCAAUUAAAGAGGAAAAUGGCAGCAGCUCAACUUACAGCAGCAACUGUUUUAAGCAGGAGUUUACCCACUUUUGAACGGCUUAGGCCUUCAUCACUUAAAGUUGGCGCUUUUGUUCCGUUAAGACAAGGACUUAGCCAGAGGUCUUUCCGCCCUCUCGUUGUUAAAGCUGCUACUGUUGUUGCCCCUAAGUAUACCGAAAUUAAGCCUCUGGCUGAUAGAGUGUUAAUCAAGAUCAAAGAAGCAGAGGAGAAGACCUCUGGUGGAAUAUUGCUACCCUCAACGGCUGUGACUAAGCCCCAAUCUGGCGAAGUGGUAGCUGUUGGAGAGGGCAGGACUAUUGGGAAGAACAAAGUAGAAAUUGGUGUCAAGACCGGUACCCAGGUAGUAUAUUCCAAGUACGCAGGGACUGAGCUGGAGUUUAAUGGGACUAACCAUCUGCUACUGAAGGAAGACGACAUUAUUGGCAUUCUUGAGACAGAUGAAAUAAAGGAUCUUAAGCCUCUGAAUGAGAGAGUUCUCAUUAAGGUUGCUGAGGCUGAAGAGAAAACUGCAGGAGGUUUAUUGUUGACCGAGGCAUCGAAGGAGAAGCCCUCAGUUGGCACUGUGAUUUCUGUCGGAUCUGGUCCCUUGGAUGAGGAGGGAAACAGAAAACCAUUGUCAGUUUCACCAGGAAACACAGUGAUGUAUUCCAAGUAUGCAGGAAGUGAGUUCAAGGGCAAAGAUGGUUCUGACUACAUAGUGCUUCGGGCAUCUGAUGUUAUGGCUGUGCUCUCCUCUUAAUCACUGAUCCCGAAUUGUAAAAGGAACGUUUAGGUGGUAAUGAUUUUUGUAGCAGCUUGCAGGAUAAUUAUGAAUCAUGAAGUGGGUCCAUAUAGUUGUGCUUGCAAUUUUGGUUGUUGAGUCUUGAGUUUCACAUUUCACUUCAAUUAUGUAUUCUUGAACCCAAAAACGAAAUCAAUAGAAAAACAAAAGGGUUCUGAAUGUGAAGAUUGGGGCUUCUUUAAAGAGUUGUUCAUGUUUAUUAUUUUCGUACUUUGCCAGUUGGGAGAGGACUCCUUGAAAAUAAGGUUGAACAUGUAGUAAUAAAUUUAAAACAUGGGGCAAAUAAUUUAGGUUUGACUAGGCUGUAUGAUUUCUAUGUGGAGUAAUAAAUUUGGAGUAUGAGA